AUGACAUUUAAAGGCAUGUUAAAAAUUUUAAUCAAUGAUUAUCGAAAACAACAUGACGCAAAAAUGUUUUCUAUUGUUCAAGAACUAAUGAAAACACAACGAGAAUUGCGCGACGUCAAAGAGCAACUGCGUGCUUUACAAACAAAUGAUGCAAGUGCAUCAUUUAAUAAAAGAAAUAUACCUGCGCAAACGGUCCGUUUAUUUAUUCAAUAUAAUGGAUUUUUCAAUCGGCAAUGUGAGCUUCGUCACACGAUGACUGUCGGGGAACUAUUGGCUAAACUUCGGCAAUUAACUGGAACUCCAUACGAUCAUCCUAUACGGAUUCGUGUAAUUCAAAAAGAUGGCUUAACAACAUUAUUUUUUCUUCCUGAUGAACCUGAACGAACGCUAAAAUCGUAUAAGGAUUGCUUAAAAGAUCAAAUGAUUUUAAGUAUUGAAGAUGCCGAAGACGCUGAUGUUGAUAAUCAUAAAGAAAAACAUUUACACCUAUCUAAAAGUACAACGAGUAGUGAAAAAAUCUAUUCAUUUGAUGAAUCUGAUGUUUAG